GGCGCCCCGCGUAAUGGCGGCCCGAUGCGGGACGGGGCCGCGGGCGGGGGGUAUGGCGUCCGACCGUGGGGCUCCGCGGGACGGGGGGCGCGGCCCUCCCCGCGGGCUGGGAAGGAGCUUAAGGCCGUCCCGCCUCGCGGUCGGCUUCCGCGGGUUUUAUUCGUUAUUUUCUCGUCGUCGGGGGGAGCGCGGUGCGGUGUUGCGGCAGAAUCGGGAGGUGGCAACGGCGCUGCCCUAUAUCCCAGCCAAGGUCAACGGCACCGGCCGUUAUCUGCGAACUUCACUGAUGGAUGCGUUGCACAAUGCGUCUCCGUGUUGUCUGGAAGCACACUUUGUCCUGGCUUUCGUUCUCCUCUUUCUUUCUUAAUGCCUUUAAGUACGCCGGUUAUGGCUUGCGUUUGUUCUCCUUUCCCCCUAGGCUGGGAGGAGCUGUCGCCCUGUGGCGCCUGUCAGUGAGGCACGUGUGCUGCCGAGCGCCCGGCGGGGAGAGGCCGCACCUCCCGGCGCUGAGCGGUGCCUCCAGGGAUCGACCCGAGUGGCGUUGUGCUUUGUGUUACUCCGCGUGUGCUGUCGGUGCAGCCUCAGGAGCGCGCUGAGCGGGCUUUGCCGGGUGUUUUAAAGAAGGGUGCCCGGCUGAAACCUUGCCGGUGCUGUGUAAGAGUGGCACUGCUGAGCAUAGAAGUGUUUUGGGGUGGUGCGGGUGGAAGACCCGUACAGCUGGUGCGGGCUCGGCUCGGCUUGGCGCUGGUUAAGGUGGGUUCGGGGCGUACAUCAAACGUGUGGUAACAACGUUGUCUUCUGACGAGUUGCUUCCUGAAAAGCAGUGGUCGUGUGUUAGCCUGGUUCAGGUGUUUCCCUAGUGCCAGUUCUGCCACCUCACUGCAGAGCCAGUGCCUCAGUUUAUUGUGGCUGCUGUUGGUGAUUGAUUUGUAUCACCAGCCAGUGUGCCUCAGCUGGAUGAGUGAGACGUGCUUGUGAUGUUCUUGAAUACUGUUCUCUAAAUACACUUUAAUGGAGGUCCGCUUGAAAUGCUACAUCUUCUGUGCUUCCUUUUCCGUUCUCUGGGAGCGGUGCCAUCAGUUUUCAGCUGACCUGCCUCUCCAGGGCACUGCAGGCAGGGGAGCUGCCCCAGAGGAGCCACGAAGGCAGUGGUACCUGGGUAUCUGCUGCAGUCUUCUCAUACAAACCGAAGAAUUAAUCAGUCCUCCAACUUUGCCUUGACUCUGUAAAUGGCUGCUUCAGGUCCAGGUGUCUGUGCUUCACCCAGUUUUAUUUCUCCUUUCUAGCACUUUGACUUGGCGUAGACAGCAGCUGUUCCCUAACAAUGUUUUAAUGGACUUUGAAGUCUUAGAACCGCCUCUUCUAAAAUCCUUUUCCCAUGAUUCCAUUUCUUUCAUCUCCCUUAGUUUGAUACUAUUAUUUCUUGAAUGUGGGCAACUGGAUUGUUUUGAGUAGAAUCCCACUGCAUUGUGCAGAUGGUUAUUAAUACUUCUGUGUCCCUACCACAUUAAAAAUACGAUAGAUCCUGUCUUUAUCAUGACUGCAAAGCUGUUGUGUACUAAUCCUGUGAUUAGAAGUGAUAUCAAAUACUCAGGUUGUUUCCACUCGUGAUAUUUCCACUGGAGCAAACGUUCUUCCUGCAUGCUGGAUUCACAACACAUUCUUCUUAACCAGCUGCCAUUUUAAUUGUGCAACUUCAGGGUAUCAACAGUGGGGGGGGGGGGGGGGGGGGGGGGGGUUGUGCUGAUUUAUGGAGGCUUAAAGUAGCAGGUUUAAAAAUUUCAGUAAUAGAUUUUCAUGGUUGGCCUCAGUGGAAACAUCUACUGUAUAAAACAAUGUAUCUGUCAUCAAUCUUGCUGCAGAGUCUGCUUAUGGCUUUUUGGUGUGUUCCUUACCCGUUUUGACCUUGUUGUGCUGUCUUUGGUAGUCUUACUGAAGCCCACAUUACAGCUGAGUUUUAUGGGUAAUGAAGGUGGUAACAAUUGAAAAAAGUCUGGUAACAAAGAAUGGUAAACAUAAAAACAAGGUGAAGGGAGAUGUAUUACUUUCUUAUUUCUUCCUUCAAAACAAAGUUAUAGUGUAGCUGUGAGGCCAGUGUGAGUCUGGUAGUCCUUGCAAACAGCUGGGAGCAGUCACUGAGCUCCUGCUGUCUGGCUGCAGCACUGUCCAUUACAGUUACCAACAGUCCUUGCUGCCAGGUCUGAGAAAAGCCACUUUGGUGUUAGGGGGUGGAAGUGAGGCUGUAACCUAUCAAAUGCUUCUGCUUUGUAGAGCUGGCAUUGCAGAAUGAGGCAUGCGCUUGCAAGACAGCUGAUGUGUGUCCAAAUAGCUGCACCACUGCAAAAAUCCUCCAUUCUUGCAUCAUCUUUCAAAGGACCCUGUUGUGUCAGUUUGCUGGCAUAGCCAGGUUAUCUUAGAUUUUUGUAAACAUCAGGCUGUGAUAUUGCAAAAAAAACUCACCCUGGAAACCUAAAUAGCCAACUAAUGUUGCCAGUCGCUUUGGAGAUCACGGAGUGUUUUAGAAGAACAUAUCUGAGACUGCUGUCUUUAAAGUGAAGCCUGUUUUGGUCACUUCAGUGCCAUCAUUUGGGCUGAGAGAGCAAGAUAGCUGGAUAUCGGAUUAGGCUCUGAGUCCUUCUGCCGCUCUUAAUCAAAAUGAAGCAGUAAUUGCAGGCACUGUGUGCCAUUUAAAUGAAAAAUAAAAUGCUGGAAAUGAAGCAGGAGAAAUCCCAUGAAAAAUGAAAGAAGGCUUUGCAGGCGUGAAAUGUGGGGGCUGCGCACAGCAUCUUUGCGCAGCAAGAAGCUGGUAGGUGUAUGCUUAAGGCUGAUUGGUAUUCAGCAGGCUGGGAUGGGCUGGCAUAUUUGUGUGCGAGGAAAUGCAAGUCUCCUGUGUGUGGCUCAGAAAUGUGGACGGUGCCUCCAGGAUGAGCAGCAGGAGAGCCUCAUGCAGUGCCACAAGGGCUGGUGACUUCCCCAGUUGGAAUCGCCUCUUUGUUGAAUGCUGGCUUUGCACAAAGUGCUGCUGCUGGCGUAGGGUUGGGCCAGAGGAUAGGUGAGGAAAUGCUCACCUCUUAGAGUGGAGAACAAGACCAGGAUGGCAAGUAGUAAAUGUAUUUUCCUAGUCGCUUAAAGAGCCAGAACAAGUUCAUUUUUAUUCUAUCAACUGCAUGUUAUACAAAAAAACCCAAACAGUUAUUUUCAAAUACUUUGAAUGUAAAACUCGUUCUAAUUAUUUUGGCAUCUGCAAGCACUGAUUUACAUAAUUAAAUAUAAUAUUGAAAGCUCUAAUUCAGUGAUCAACUGGCAGUUAUUAGUGUCAGAUCUAAAAAGUAGCUUCAUAUGAGUUGUUAGCAAAAAUUGAAGACAAAAGACCCAUUUUCAGUUUUCUUGUUUUGCUGGUCAUUAUUGUAUAAGGAAUGAAAAUAAAUGGGAAUGGUUUCCUGGUAUUUGAGACAGUAGUGAAUAUUGUCACAUACAGGAAAUGUAGAUUUACUUAUUUUUGUACUGUCAGGGGAUGCACUUGUUAAUUAUUGCCUUAUAACUUCAUUUAAAACCCCUAGGGUUCUGAUAUUGUAUAGUCGUCUUGGUUCAAUUCAUAGACUUUUAUUUCUUUGGCUGUAGAACACUGAGAUGUAAGAAACUGGCGUUGAAUCUGCCUUGAUCCUCAUGAUAGCUAUCUUGUCACUUAAGUAGUGCUCUUCAUAUGUUUAAAACCAUAGCACAGUGCUCGUCAGUGUUCUGAAACCUAAGUGUACAUCCCCUUUGCCUUAACGUUAGGAUCCAUCCUGUUGAAUUACAACUACUUGCCAGCAGUGGAAGCCUGAAAGCUGUGCAAAGCUCUGGGAGUUGAGCUGCCAGCCAUGGGAGGAAGCUCCUGUCUUCCCACAUGCCUCUUCAGAUGUUGAAGCCAGUCAACCAUGAGCUGUUUCUUGAGAAAAAACCUGGAGUACAGUUUUCAGUACCCAUGGUAUUACUUGCCCACACCAGAAUGAAUGUGUUUAAUGAGUGGAUGGUCACUCACACUGGGCUGAGGGGAGAAGGAAACAAAGCUAUACCUGCCAGACUCAUGAGGAACAAAACCUAGUUAGUUUUGCCCUGUGUAAAAGUCAACUUUCUGAACCAUUAACAGUUGUUUAGACACUCAAGAAACUAUCUAAUUUAGCUUACUUGCACCAUCUGAGGUUUACUUUGAGGAUUUAAACUGGUGGCUAAGCUUGCCUUUGAAUUGCCAUGCUUAGUUCCGUGGUGCACAAAUUUCAAUGCUGUUGGUCUCAACGAAAUAGCAGAGUGGAUAUCUUCAGAAACUUAAUGCAUACCUAUGUAUGUGUCCAUAAAGAUGUUAUAUACACAUACUUCUCGCAAUGGGAUUUUCAGCAAUAUUUUCAGUAUCUUUUAUAGAUUUGGGUUUAGUGACAACACCUCAAUGUGUAUUUUUUGUCUCAUUGCAGAACGCUUUCAAAGUUUAUUCUUAUGAGGUGUGGUGUUCUCCACUGAAGGAAGAUGUGUUGGCUUUGGCUAGGCACUGACUUCGUGGAACUCUACAACCUGAUCUAGCGGAACUGGUCCUGUGAAUUAAAUAUUUUGAAAUAAAUUUUAUCUCAAAGAUGUAUGGUUUUGUUUGUAUGGGAGGGGCAGUUCAAAGAAGCUUAAGUACAUCAAAGGCCCACGUUGAGAAGUAACCUUGUCAUGUCUUUACCUACAGCUAAGUGGGUUCUCAGAGACUUGGAGCUCUUGCUUCUUGAAAAGUACUUGGAAGCUGAUCCCCCGGUCAGAUGGAUUAUGUUGCUGAGUAACCAGUAAAGCUGAGUUCAGCUGCUCCAGAUUAGGUCAGAGUUUCAAGUUACAAAGAAUUGGGCAGCAAGAUGAGGUCUGGCUAUUCUACCACUUCCGAGCGACAUGUCGUCUUCCUUGGUCUUUGUUGGCCAGCAGAAGAGGGGGAGGCUGUCCUGUAAAAUGGACUGGGAGCUGACUGAGUCUGAGAGGUGAAAUUGACUUGCACAGGCGUUUGGGGGUGGUUUCCUGGAUUGUUUGCAGGGCCUUCUGUGGCCAGGAAUCUUACCUUGUUACACAGCUGGGUGGAACCCUUCAUCACACCAAAGUCCUGUCAAAUCUGCUUUGCAGGAACACAGUAAAGCUCAGGAGGAGAUGUAAAGUUAUAGAUGACACCAGUGCUUGUUGACGUGAGGAAAUGUGUAACUGCUGAAGCGCUGCUGUAACACGGGGCUGCUGUGCCUGAUAUGAACACUUUAGGCUAAGAACAGAACAAAGUACUUUAAAUAGUUGGAGGAAGGGACUUCUGAUUCAGUAUAACAAGAGGUUGCUGAAAUAGGUGAAUUUCAUGUAAAGGAGAAUUUAUGGAAUAAUGGAAUUUGAAUUGUGAGAUGAGGCAAAACCUUUCCUGAAAAAGGCUGAUCUCCCUAUUGCCAUAUACCUUAAAAUCAUAAGAUCUCAAAAAUCAUUUGCAGAAGUGAUUUUCAAGUAUUGUAAAAUGUAUGUGUGUAUUAUUUAUUCGUUGUUCAUCUUUUGAAUGCCAGUGAAGUUGCACUGGUGCCUAAAUAUUGUCAGUGCUUUGAUCAGUGAUGCAUGCAUAAAGUUAGGAGUGUUAUUUCAGACUCGAAUGUCGUAGGGACAAAACUCAGUUUUCUGGGUUGCUUUCAAGAUGCCAUGCUCAAGUUCCCCAGCCCUUAGGUAAAUAUACUGCUAGUUAUUAUGCAGUUUCUUUGCUCCUCUGCCACUUUCUAGUCAUUUAAACCAAAUCUUUUUAAACCUGCCAUAAUUGAGCACACUGCUUUUCAGUUUUUAUGUAAAGUAGUUCAUUAGAGGCUCUUGAAUUUCAGUUGAUCUGAAAUGGGGUAGCUGGAGACAUACAUUCCUGCCUGGGUUUGUGCUGUGUUGACCUUUGUAUGGCUGUGUAGCCAUCAGCUUCCUGAACUCAAUGCCCCAGGGAAAGGGGGGAAGAAUAAAGAUGAGGUAGCAUUGACUUGAAUUCAUUUUUAAAUUCUGUCAAGUCUGACAAGUUUAUUUUCCACUACUAUCUCAUAAUUCUGGGGAUGCUCACAGUAAAGAUGAGAAUUAUAAGCAGGCAGUCUAUGGCGAAUAUUGUCAGGAAGGCAAAAGUAUAUCCCUUACUAAAUGCAUCUGCAUGGCGUUGCUGUAGCAAGUUGUGAAGGUCCACUGCAUUUUUUUUAACUUUCUGGAGUCCAGAGUGAGAUAUUCUGGGGUGUGGAUACCAUGGCAGCCUACAGGAGAACUGAGAAACUAUUUCAGAACUACUGAAAGGAGGCAAGGAUUCUUCAAAUAGUUAAAAAGUAUCAGAUAAAGGGAAUCUCUAACUACAAUAACUUGAAAUGUGCUAUCUAAUUUGAAAUGUAGACAGGGGAAAUCCUACAAAUAUGAUACAAGUGUCUAUUUUAAUGCUGAUAGCAUGUGUAAGAGAUGCUUUUCCUUGCUCCUCAGUAAUGUUCUUGUGUUGGAGCACUCAAAUAGUUCCCUGAUACUUCUGAGGAAGCUCCUGAGUGAAUAAACAAGUGCAGGUCAGGUUUUUUGGGGGGAAAUAGUAAAACAUUUCCUGUUUGUUUCUACCCAAGCAUCUGCUGAUGGCCACAUUUAAGUAGGUGAUGAGGCUUGGCUGACCCUUUUGGCUGUAUUUGGCUUCAAUCACCUUUGACUCUUCCAAGUAAUUGUAGCUGGCAGAAUGACCACAUAGCCUGGUCUUUUCCAUGAUGAGUAUGCCAGGUUAGACUAUACUAAUUUCUAACAGAGUGACUCCUUAUGUUGUCUUACAAUAGAAUUGGAAACUUUUCCUUCAAAAAUAUAUUUCUAGCAGUUCUGAGAACAUGAAGUACCUUUCUUUCCAUUAACAGCAUUUUGAAAUCGUUACGUACCUGAGAGGUACCUCUUCUCCUUCCAGUUUUUCCCUAUACUCCAACAAGUUUAAAACUUCUGCUGUUUUUCAUGGGUACUCGGCUUCAUAGAGCUUGGGAUCUGUGUUCCUUUUCCAUGCACCUGCCUUAUCCUUACCUUAUCCAUGCAGGGUUGGGUUGUGUCUGUGUGCCCAAGCUGUGUGCUCUGGGCUGGUGCUGCAUAUGCUCAACGUGUGUUUGGAGUCAAGGGGUUGACUUGUUUUUCCCUUCCUGAAAGUUCUUCCUUUGAAACUGUCAGUUCUACUGUGUGCAGAAUGAAAGAAGGGCUAAUGUAGCUGAGGCAGUUGAAAUAGCAAGCUGGAAAUAAUGGGUUUGGUGUGAGUGAUGGGAGAAAACAGGGUGUGCAGUGAGGAAGAGAAGAACAGACAUGGUUAGACUGGAAGGAGAGAGCCUACAAAGACGUGUUAUGGCAACUUCUGUGGAACCCUUUCAUCUGCAACAGAAGAUGAGUUCACAGACAGAGGCCGUUUGUGAGGACAGAACAACAGUCAUUUGAGUCAUUUGCCAGCAGGCAACAGGUGCUGUUAGUAAGCAGUAGCCGAUACCCAGAUCAGUGGAUUGUACCAGGUGGAGGAAUGGAACCAGAAGAGGAACCUGGAGGAGCAGCUGUCAGAGAGGUGUAUGAAGAGGCUGGCGUAAAGGGAAAGCUAGGCAGACUGCUCGGGAUAUUUGAGCAGAACCAGGAUCGGAAGCAUAGGACGUACGUUUAUGUUCUCACUGUCACAGAAAUACUGGAAGACUGGGAGGAUUCUGUUAAUAUAGGAAGGAAAAGAGAGUGGUUUAAAGUAGAAGACGCAAUCAAGGUCCUUCAGUGCCACAAGCCUGUUCACGCAGAGUACUUGGAAAAACUGAAACUGAGCUGUUCACCCACGAAUGGAAACUCCGUGGUUCCCCCUCUCCCAGAUAAUAACUCCCUGUAUGUCACUUCUGCACAGACUUCUGGGUUGCCCUCUACUGUGAGAUAAACGUUUGGAUUACCUUUUUAUUCAUGCCAUCGCAAGGGGAGACAUCUUUGAUUACAUGCAGGCACCCGUAUAACUGUCAGUUCUAAGUGAAAUAUGUGAAUGUGUCAUAAUGUCAAGUUUAUUUGAAUGCAUUUUUCCUUUUUAACAAUGUAAAAUAGUAUUUCAGCAAACCAAAGCCAUAUAUGGAUUUUUUUAAGAUGCCUUAGUAGGCCAUUUUU